ACGUACAGUUUGUUUCAAGUUGAAUCGAGCAGAUCAGUGUAAUAAUAUCUUUCUCGAAUGCUGCUUUCUGGUCUACUUUACAAAUGGAACUCCCCAUCAUAAUUUUGACUUGGCUAUUCUUGCAAUCCCCUCGGUUUCUACUUUGUGUUAUUAUUGUUGUUCACGAUCUUUAUUUACUCCUUAGCCGAAAAUGCGGUUGUUUGAGCUACGAAUAUUGCCAACCGCGAAGGUCGUAAUCAUUACGCUCGCUAGCACAUUCAUUUCCUUGUUUCUUGUCCUACUAUAUUUACAGCACAUUGUUAAAAAUGAUGUGAUAAGCUUUCUGACCUUUGACUUUCCCUUUCCUAACAGACCUGCAUUCCAAGAGCCGACAUUCGACAAUAACACCGCUAAUAGCCAUGAGGAAGGCGUGACACUCGACAUUUACGACUACGAUGUCGAGUUGGUGGUUGCAAGUUUGAAAGAACAAAAUACGUCCUGGUACUCCACAUAUUUCCCAGACUGGAAAUCAAAUAUCUAUAUUGUUGAUGACUCCACCGCGCCGUUGACGGUGCCGCAAAAUAAAGGCCAUGAAGCGAUGGUUUACUUAACAUAUAUCAUUGACCGCUAUGACACUCUUCCUAACAACACACUCUUUCUUCACGCCGAGAGAUUCCAGUGGCACAACGACAAUCCCGACUAUGACGGCUAUCCCUUACUACGCGACUUUCAAUUUACCUACCUGCAGGAAGAAGGCUACAUUAAUUUGCGCUGCGUGUGGACAAUAGGUUGCCCAGAAGCAAUCCAUCCAUUGAAAGAUCAGACUGUUAGCGAACAACAUGAAGGUCAGGCCACUGGCAAAAUUUUCCGGCAGGUAUUCGAAGAGCUCUUACCUGAUUACCCAGUUCCUGGUGAGGUCGGCGUAAGUUGCUGCGCUCAGUUUGCUGUCACGAAGGAGGUGAUCCAGCAGCGACCAAAGGAAGAUUAUAUACGUUUCCGUGAAUGGUUGUUGGCUACCACGUUUCAGGAUGGGCUAAGUGGUCGGUUUUUCGAGUAUUCAUGGCAUAUCAUAUUUGGAAAAGAUCCAGUAUAUUGCCCCUCAGCGGCAGACUGCUAUUGUAAAGUCUAUGGGAUGUGUCAUCUUUCAAACUGUUCGGAAGACGAAUGUGACGGACAAUACUUUCUUCCCACAUACUCAACGCUACCGCCGGGCUGGCCGCGAGUUGGCUGGAAUGGAGAAGAGAGGUUUUUCUCUGGGCCGUUAUGAUUGUGCCCGAAACGCUGAAACUUGUAUAUUAAAACGGGAUAACAGUAACUGUAACGCUUAUCAAAGCUGGAUGUAGUAUCUCAAUUUUAGGCUUAUGACAUUUUUAG